UUCCUUUCAGAGACUGUGUUUCUAGCUGUGCCCCGGGACUGACUGGCCAAGGACCCCCAUCGGAGAGCCUUGGACACCCUAACAGUGCACGAGAAUGGGCGACGAGGAUUACAACACCUCCCUCGCCUACGAUGACUACUCGGAUGAUUUUGACCCCAUCAUGGUCUUGGAGGAGUCUUCUCCCUUGGAAGGCAAGGUGGCCAGGAUCUUCCUGGUGGUGGUCUACAGCAUCGUCUGCUUCCUCGGGAUCCUGGGCAACGGGCUGGUGAUCAUCAUCACCACCUUCAAGAUGAAGAAGACGGUGAACACUGUCUGGUUCCUCAACCUGGCCGUGGCGGACUUCCUGUUCAACAUCUUCCUCCCGAUCCACAUCGCCUACGCCGCCAUGGACUACCACUGGGUCUUUGGGACGGCCAUGUGCAAGAUCAGCAACUUCCUGCUCAUCCACAACAUGUACACCAGCGUCUUCCUGCUGACCGUCAUCAGCUUUGACCGCUGCAUCUCUGUGCUCCUCCCCGUCUGGUCGCAGAACCACCGCAGCGUGCGGCUGGCCUACGUGGCCUGUGUGGUCAUCUGGGUCCUGGCUUUCUUCCUGAGCUCUCCGUCCCUGGUCUUCCGGGACACGGCCCGCGUGCAUGGGAAAAUAUCCUGCUUUAACAACUUCAGCCUGUCCGCGGCCGGCUCUGCCCCGUGGCCCGCUCACACCCGCCUGGACCCCGUGGGCUUCAGCCGGCACAUGGUGGUGACCGUCACCCGCUUCCUCUGUGGAUUCCUGGUCCCCGUGCUCAUCAUCACGGCCUGCUAUUUCACCAUCGUCUGCAAGCUGCGGCGCAACCGCCUGGCCAAGACCAAGAAGCCCUUCAAGAUCAUCAUGACCAUCAUCAUCACCUUCUUCCUCUGCUGGUGUCCCUACCACACGCUCUACCUGCUGGAGCUCCACCACGCCACCAUGCCCGGCUCCGUCUUCAGCCUGGGUCUGCCCCUGGCCACGGCCAUCGCCAUCGCCAACAGCUGCAUGAACCCCAUUCUGUACGUCUUCGUGGGCCAGGACUUCAGAAAGUUCAAGGUGGCCCUCUUUUCCCGCCUGGUCAACGCUCUGAGCGAGGACACGGGCCACUCCUCCUACCCCAGCCACAGGAGCUUUACCAAGAUGUCGUCGAUGAACGAGAGGGAGACCAGCAUGCUUUGAGGCUCAUCCGGGAAGCCCGAUGGACAGACACUCCGGCCUUGGAGGCCCCGAGCUCUCUGCCUUCUCAAGACUGCGGCAGGAACCUCUUCAGGACCCACUGAUGCCCGCUGUAGUCUGCCCGGGGCUGACCCGUGUUUUGAGCUGGGAGCCCAGGGCCUGGAACUCCUUUCUUCGAGUGGCCCGGUGGACAGGGCAUGCCGUGUCCUCUCAACCAUCUGGACUGACUCUGUGAGGACCUGGGGCCUGGGGGAGGCGGGGGAGGGAGGCGAGCUACGGCCCUCAAAGGAGGCAGCCUGAAGGUGCUCACCCUCGAACUUCCCAGGGUGAUGGUGCUUUGGGGGCGGUGGCUAUUUGGGGGAUGGGGGUGGUGCCAGCCCCUCGCCCCAGGCCCCCGCUCUCCCCUUGCCUUUGUUGCCUGGGGUCUGGGUCAUGGCAGGCAGCGUCACCCACAGCUUCCACCCCGUCCCCGGGGACUGUCCCUUCCUUCCCUGGUCCACCGGCUCUGACUGCCAGUGCUCAGAAUUAAGCACGCCAGGUCAGGGGGCCGGGGAAGGACGGCCUGUCCUCCUCCUCAGCUUCCUCAAAGCCUUGCCAAAAUCAGCUUCAGGAAGCAACCUGGGAGCGGCCUGCAGGUUGCAGAGAAGGUCCAAGGGCUCCGUCACUGAACUCAGCAGAGCCUGCAGGCUGGGCCCUUGUCGCAUGCCGCUGAGAUGCAGGCCGCGGGGACGCCACGGGCGUGGAGCCCCUCCACAUGCAGCCCUGUUGCCUUUUCUCAACGAGGACUGACACCUUCCUGGGCUGCAGUGUCAUUGUCCCACUUAGAGAUGACAAAGCCGAAGCUCCGUGGGGGUGGGGCGGGGAGUAACUCACCCAGCGCCGCGCGACUAGCCAGAAGCAGAGUUAAGAUGUGAACUCAGCUCUGUCUGGCGCCAGAUCCUCUGUUUUUUUAAUGACGAAUGUAUCCAUUGAGAAUAUUCUAGACUCUCAUGAUAGCCUGCAUUUAUUAGCACCCCCUACCCUAAACACUGUCCAUGUAUUAUCUCAUGUAUUCCCCCUGGCAGGCCUGAGUUCCGUACAGUUAGUUCUGCCCUUCUACAUAUGAGGGAUAGCUGAAGCUCAGAGAGGUUAAGUAACUUCCCUGAGGGCAUCCAGCAGGCCUCUGCCAGAACCUGGAUUUGAAACUAGGUCUGCCUGGCUCAAAGAAAGCUGCAGAAUCAGGGUUUUGAGAGACGCUUGGGGUUUUGACCAUAAACAUUGACUCCUCGGCAGAUUAAUAUAAACCUCUUACUAGCCCAUAAGCCAGCCUUGCAAAUAGUUUUCCAAAAUGACCCAACAUGGCAAAGAAAGUACACUUGGCCUCCAGUCCCCUGACGCCCGUCCACUCAUGCCCACCAUGUUUCCCAUCUGCUGCACCCCCCUGAGACCUCCAGGGAAGGCGGUGGGGGGACAGAGGCCGUCACUGGUGGGCCCUCUGGCCCUCCACAUUCUCUUGUCUUCCAAGUGUUGUUGUGAAGCCAAUUCCGUGACAAGACGCAAUGAACAGAUGUAAUGUCUACACAGCGCUGGGCACGUUCCCGAGGCCAUGGGCUAUUUGGAAAUCACACCUCAUUAAGAGACAGACUGUUCCUUCCCUCCGUGGGUCAUUGUGCUUAUGAUGAGGCAGCUCGGAAUUGACCCCAAGUCUGGGCGUCCAGUGGCUUCAGGAAAUCUAAACUUGGGCCGUCGGAGAGCAAAAAAUGGAGCUUGCAAGAUUGCCCAGUGCGCCUGUCACCUCCCACCACAGCGGCAAAGGUGAGGUGGCUAAGGCACGAGACUGCGUGGGACGUCAGGCCCCAGAGACGGUCCUCAGCCACCCAGGCUCUGACCCCCAGGUGCUGCUCGCUCGGGCUCGGGCCCUCGCUCCUCCUGGGCUGCGUGCCGGCCCGGUCGGGCCGGGGAGCCAGGAAAUCAUUUUGUCCUUGGAAAAGCUGAUGAACAGGAGUAAAAUUCAAACCAGCUGUUUCCUCCUUAGGGUCAGGCCUCUUCCUGGCUGCCCCGCCAGGAGUUUCUCAUUAAAUACUGAAAUGCAACCAUGA